CAAAAAUAUUUCAUUUUGUAAACAACGUGCAAUAAUGUUAAAUGAUUGAAUUUUUUAUUUAUUAAAAAUGACCGAUGAUAUCAAAGUGACUUUUAUAAUACCGAAAGAUUGUAAAAGCCAAGAUGAUUGUUCAGAAGAUAUGCAACUCGCAUUUGUUGCUUGCGAACAACACAGUGGGGGUGGUCUGCACGGCCAGUGGGUGCAUGAGACAAAUUGGAAUCGAUUUGAUGGUCUCACGAAGAGGGAUGUCUUUGUCAUAGCGCAGUUUGAAGGUGAAUUAUACAAGAAGUUGAGGGCUACUAAGUGCUUGCUAGUAGGCCCCCGAUGUCUAUCCUGCUGUCUUACAGAAGGUAUUUCUAUACCCACUGGCCCUGAACCGGUGUAUACAAUUGCUAUGAGAGGCUUAGUCAUAACUGCUAGUGGAUUAAGCAAGGAUAAAAAGGAGAACAUAAAGAAGAAAGUACAUUGGAUGGGUGGCAUUUAUAAUAGUGUUUUAACAGAUGAUUCUACACACUUAGUGUCUGACACUGUAUUAUCUAAUAAAUAUAUUAAAUCUGUAGAAAAAGGUAUACCCAUUAUGUCGGAGACCUGGAUUGAGGCAGUUUGGGAAGCAUCACAGCGAAUGAACAUUAGUGGAUCAUCAGGAGAGUUUGACAUUCACAGGUUGCCAGCAUUUGCAAACCUUCAAGUCACAACAUCGGGUAUCUCUAAACGAGAUAAACAAAUGAUAAUGAAACUGGUCAAUGAGAAUGGAGGAAUGUUCUCGGGUGUCUUCCAGAGUGAGACCACUGAUGUGGUUGUAUUGAUGAAAGACGGUGCUGGCAGUGAAAAGUAUAAAGCGGCCCUAGAAUAUGGCAAAGCUUGUGUCCUUCCAUCGUGGGUGAAAGAAUCUGCAGCACGGGGUGUUGCCCUUCCCGUGCUCAAGUACAAGAUCACUGCGGCUUCCACGUCGUCUCCACUGGCCGAACACCGACUACCUGACAUGAGUUUGAAUUUCUCAAGGAUAACAAACGUAAGACCGCCGAGUAAUUUCGUUGACGAAACUAGAUCGGUGGACGUAUCAACUGUAUCGGCCAAAAUGAAACUAUCCCAAGAUGCAAUAUCGUCUGACACAUCCAUAGAUAAGGAGCUACAAGCGGAAUUUGACAAUUUGGACAUGAGUACCAUAAAGAAGGCGGGACCCAUCUUCGACGGUUUUUGUAUCUGGCUGGUGGGGCUGGAGGGGCGCACCCGCGAGCGCGCGGCGGCGUGCGUGUCGCGGUGCGGCGGCGUGCGCUACGAGGCGGCGCACGGGCGCGUGACGCACGCGGUGUGCGGCGCGCGCGGCCCGGCGGCGGCGGCGGCGCGCGCGCUGCCCGGCGUGCCCGUGCUGUCGGCGCGCUGGCUGCUGCACAGCGUCGCGCAGGGCCGAGCGCUCGACGAGGCGCAGUACCUAAUGGACCCGAAUCCUAAGACCCCAGCAAAAAGUACCAAGAAACAGAAACUGGAGGUGUCCUCGCCCAUGAGCAUUCGCAAUCUCCAGCUGCUGCGGCGGCCGCUAGACCUUCCGCCUCCAGAACCCGUCCUGCAAGUCGAAGAACAUCAAGAUGAACUCGUCAAUCAAUAUUUGAGCCAAGCAGAUAUCGUCCCGGACCUUUCGAAAGAGAAGACUUCAGAAACGGACCGGCCGAAUUCCACGCAUCAGCAGCAACCGGACGUCACUGAGGACUUUGGAGACGAACCGACAGAGGAAGUAGAACAGAUAUUCGCGGGUCUGCGGCUGGAGGUGCAGGCGCUGAACGAGGAGGCGGUGUGCGAGCUGGCGGCGGAGCUGGGCGCGGCGGGGGGCGCGCUGUGCGCGGGGGGCGCGGGGGGCUCGCACGUGCUGCUGCCGCUCGACUUCGACCCCGCCGAGCGCCUCUCCGCCGCCGCCGAGCCUGUCACCGCCUUCUGGAUUAAAGACUGUCUAUCUCAACAAGAGUUGGUUCCCCUGCAAUACUACCACCGGCCCGUGCGCGUCAAGCCGAGCCCGGAGCCGCCGCUGAAGGGAGUGGUCGCGAGCCUCAGUACGUACAGCGGCGUCGAAAGGGCGUUCUUGGAUGAGCUGGCCAAAUUAUUGGGAGCCACUACUCAACUACGUUUCUGUCGACGGAACACCGCCAACGCCCUGGCCUCGACGCAUCUCAUAUGCCCCUCGCCCUCGGGGGACAAGUAUGCCGGGGCCCUUAAAUGGGGUCUGCCCGCUGUGAAGGCUUCUUGGCUGCUGACCUGCGCGGCCGAGGGACGCCGGGUCAGCGAGACGGGACACCUCGUCGGCGAGACUCAGGCUCCCUCGACGCCGGAACGUAUUCAGGAGGAAAAAGAAAAUAAAGAAGAUACGACAGUGAUGGAGAAGGAGAACGCCAUGCUCCCUCCCCGCAGCCCCGCCGCGCCCACCCCCGCCCCCGCCGCCAGUGCAGAGCAGACCCCGGCUAAACAAGACAACGUGGAUGCGAUGUCCCCGGCGAGCCGCUACAUAGCGAUGGCGCGGCAGGGACUCCUGGGGGGAGACUCGCAGGACACCCCCAAACAACAACCAAACGGCGCCGCUGGGGACGAUAGUAAUUGUAGUUGUGUUGCAGAGGAGUGCCGCAGCCCGGCGUCGACUGGGGGGCGGAGUCGCGUGCGGGAGCUGCGCCGCGGGGAGCCGGCCGCGGACCCGCUGCGGACACCGGUCGACCCCUUCGAGAGGAACACGUCGACCCCGGACAGCGCGUUCGGCGCGGCGCUGCGGCCCGGCUCCGGCCGCCUGUCCCCGGAUGCCCGGAAGCGCCUCUGGAGGGUCGUCAACGAGCUGCCCUCCAGGCAACCCGAGCCGCCCCGGAACAAGACCACCCCGCUGUCGGAGAUCCGCAACCGUUUCUUGUCCCGGUACCAGGAGGGCGUCGCCACGCCGCCCGUCGCCACGCCGCCCGUCGCCACGCCGCCCGUCGCCACGCCCCCCGCCACGGCUCCCAGGAAACUGCAACUGGAUGAAGCGGACACGCCGCCAGCUAAGAUGAUGAAAUUGUCACAGGAAUGUAACGCAGAAGCUGGUUGUCGAGCAGUGGAAGACGCCCAGCGUCCAGGGUCGCUGGUGGAGGAGCAGCUGCAGCGGCUGCAGGCGGCGCUCUCCGAGAGGCUGAGCACGCAGCGAGCCCGCCGCAUGACCAGGGACCCCUCCCCGGCUCAUCCCCCGCCACCCGACACGGAGCCGGGGCCCGACUCGCAGCCCAGCACCGUGGGGUGGGACGACAGCGCGCCCGCACCCCCCGCCCCCACCGCCCCCGCCCUCCCCGCCGCCCCCACCAGGAAGUUCAUGCUGUCCUCCAACGUCGAUAAUCGGGAGGAGAUAAUGUCGAUGAUCGAGCAGCUGGGCGGCGAGGUCUGUGACGGGGUGGAGCCGGCGCCGGACGCGACGCACCUGCUGUGCGCGGCGCCGGGCCGCAGCGAGAAGAUGCUGGGCUCCAUCGCCGCCGGCCGCUGGGUGCUGCACCCGCGCUACGUGCCCUGCAGCCGCGACGCCGGCGCCUUCCUGCCGGAGGAGGAGUUCGAGUGGGGCAGCCCGCUGGCGUCGCGGCUGGCGGGCGCGGGCGGCGGCGAGCGCGUGCUGUCCCGCGCGGCGCACCGCUGGCGGCGGGCGCGCGCGUGCGGCGCGGCGGGUGCGUUCGCGGGGCUGCGGGCGCUGCUGCACGUGCCGCCCGCGCGCCGCCGCCUGCUGGCCAGGCUCGUCACCGCCGGCGACGGACACGCGCCCGACCUCGAGCCGCCCUACUCGGACGAGAGCAUCAACGUGUGCUUCGCGGACGUGAAGCGCUACCCGCUGUCGGCGCGCGACGCGCAGUGGCUGGUGUCGCGCCGCAUCCCGGUCUGCGCGCCCGUACUCCUGAGCGCAUACCUAACGGACGAGGUCCCGCCGAACCCGCACGAACACUGUCUACCCGAAUUUAGACCUUAACC